GAUGAAUCACACCGCGUCAAAUCGGUUUUUUGUCACAUCCAAAGGGCUCCAGCAACUGUCCAAAAUGACUUGAUGACCCUCGAUACAAAGGAAAAACGCACAGACACAUAUCCAGUAACUGCCCACACGCCUCCAAUACCCAGUAUCUCCGGUCCCCGACCCCUUCCAUCCAUUUUGCAUGGCGACGUCCGGCCAGGCUCCUCCACCCUCUCGCCCACGACCAACCUCCAUAUCUCCCCGUCGUCGCACAACCCAUGUCUUUGUCUCUACACCAGAAGAAUAUGACGAUACCCACUCUUUUGGAGGUCGGGGAGAGUCGAACAGCCAGAGAUCUCGUCUGUCGUGGCUAGGCAGCUGGUCCUCGGUUCUUGGAAAGCAAGAAAGUCAUCAGACAGUGUUGGGCGAGGAGGUAUUUGUUGACCCUAUCGGUGAGGGCAGUGACGAGGAACAGGAAGAGGCUAUUGGAUCGGUUAGAUCGGGACGGAGUACGCCGUCGUAUAUAGGUGGAUCGGAUCAUGUGCCUGUUGAAGAAGAUGGCGAACUUGUCAACGAGCAGACUGCAUUGCUGCCAAAGUCUCCAGUUACAUAUCACACACCGAGCUCGACUGCCAUCCAAACAACGCUCAACUCCAUUAACCUCCUCAUGGGGAUGGGUAUCCUGUCUUUUCCCUUUGCCCUUUCUCUGACCGGCUGGAUUGUCGGUAUAACCCUUGUUCUCUUAUUUGCUCUCAUCGCGUCCACUACUGCCAAACUUCUCGCGAAAUGCAUGGAUGUCACCCCCAUUGAUCUACCCACAACAACAAGCAACCUGCCCCCGCGUCCUAAAUCCAUGUCGUACGGUGACGUAGGGCAGGCUGCUUUUGGAAGAAGGGCAAAGAACUUCAUUGCGAUCGUGUAUCUGGCCGAGCUAUAUGCAGCCUCGACGGCGCUGCUCAUCCUCGCUGCGGAUUCCAUACAUGCGCUAUUUCCGCACUGGAAACUUCUCCACAUCAAGCUAGGGGUGGUGGCCCUCCUGAUAUUGACCACAUGGCCGAGGAGCGUACGGGGCCUGUCGUAUGCAAGCUUGGUAGGGGUCGUUGCUAUACUGAACCUUUUGACGAUUGUGGUUGUGGAUGGUGUGACGAAGGCGGAUCCGCCCGGAAGUUUGCUACAACCCGCAGAAACAAGGCUGUGGCCAAAGAGUUUCGAUCGAGUUGCGCUGGCAGUUGGCAUAAUGUUUGUUGGGUAUGAUGGCCAUGCCGUUUUUCCCAACAUAUACCGCGACAUGAAAUCCCCGGUUCGCUUUGCAAGAUGCAUCAACGUAACAUAUCUGGUCGUGUCAGCGUUCUACAUAGCAAUCGCUGCGUGCGGAUAUUUGAUGUUUGGCAAUGAUGUACUACCAGAGAUCACCUUGAAUCUUGCUAGCAUACCCUCAUAUAAUCCCGUUUUAAAUAAGCUGACACUAUGGCUGAUUGCCAUAAACCCUGUCACCAAGUAUGCGCUGGCAGUUCGACCGGUUCAUAUGGCCAUCGAAAACACCCUUCAUCUAUCGCCUCCGUUCCAUCUCCUUGCACGUACAGUUUUAUCGAUCCUUAUUCUCCUCACAUCGCUCCUCUUUCCUCAAUUCCACCGUUUGAUGGGCCUACUUGGCUCGGCGUUCUCGGGGACGGUCGCGAUUGUGUUUCCUUUGCUCUGUUAUUGGAAACUGUUUGGUGGUUCUCUGGGGGUACUUGGACGAGCUGUGUUAGGGAUGGGAGUUGGCGUGGGUGUGCUGGUGAUUGUUGUGGGUGUUUGGGGCGUUGUGGGUGCUCGUGUUUAAGGUGAUGGCAACUCACCUCCUUUGUUCUUCUUGCAAAUAGUAAUUAUAUAUAACUGGACCAAUUUCCUUUCUAUUUUUCCCUCA